UCAAAAUAAAGUUAAGCAUUAGAUUAGUGAAAUGGAUGUGCAAAGUAGAAGUAUUAAAAGUGACGUUAAAUGUGAAGAGACUCUUAAUAUAAUGACUACAAAAUCAGUGAAAAGACCUUUUGAUGUUGCCUUUUUAAUGCUGCCCGACGAAAAAUUGAAGCAAAAGCAGAGCAGAAUUUUGAAAAAUUUUGAAAACACCUCUUGCUACAACAACAACGAUGAAGACGACGAAGAAAUUAAUAUUGAAGACAACGAAGUGAAAGUGAACCAUCAAAAUAAAUAUUUUACUCAAAAGCAGCAAAUUUUUGAUGAUCCCACCAAUUUGAUUAAACGCAAAGCAUCACCACCAAUGGAACACCAUCAAAAAAGUGCUUUCACCAAGGUAAAUUUAUCAUCCAAAGAUGCUCGCAUGUCGCCUAGCUUAUCUGCAAGUCCAGACAUUAGCUAUCAAAACUCUUUAAGUCCAUCUCCACCAAUUAUUAAUUCAAGAACUUAUCACCCUUCGGCCCAAAACCACAUAUUCAAAUCAUCAAUUUACCAACAAGCAAAUUUUAUGCCCGAAAAUUUCCAACACCAUCAGCAACAACAACAAGUAGCGGCAAUGGAAAAUCAUUUUCUGGCUACGAAAAAUCAAGCAGAAUUAAACUUUCCAAAACUAAGACCCACAAUGAUGAUGUACCGGCCUGAACUAGCCUACACCUAUCAUCACCAAUUCCCAAAUCAAGAGUUACACAAAAUAGUUUCACCAGCAGAAAUCCGGCAUCCCGCAGCAGCUAUCCUAACCUCACUGUUGCCACCAUCUCUGGCAGCUCUGUCCCUGCCAGGCCAGAAUGUUUGUGCCAAAUGCAACAUUACGUUCCGCAUGACUUCAGAUUUGGUAUAUCACAUGAGAUCGCAUCACAAAAAUGAGGCCAGCGAUAUGAAUAAAAGACGUAGGGAGGAAAAACUCAAAUGUCCGGUGUGCGCCGAGUCGUUUAGGGAGCGACAUCAUUUGACCAGACAUAUGACCGCACAUCAAGAUAAAGACGAGGAUGACAGCGAAGCUAAAAAAGAUUGAGGAUUUAUGUUAUAAUUUUUUUUUGUUGAAAAAUUGAUGUAAUUUAUUAUAAAUGUGAUUUGAUAUGUAAGUACCGAUAUCAGUAUUUUUUGCCAAUAAAUUUUGUUGUUUUUUUUUUUGUAAAAUAUGUAUAAAAAAUAUUGUAAAAUAUCAUUAUUGAUUUGUUGAUAAUUAAUUAUUUAUUAUGUGCAAUAUUAAAUUAAAUAAAUACAUAUAUGAAAUUUAAUAGUUUGAGUUUUAUUUUUGAUAGGUUUGCUCAGAU